CCCUAAAUGUCGAGCAGCAAACCCUAAAUGUCGAGCAGCAAACUCAUUGGCUGAUGAUGCUAUAGAAACCAAUCAUCUGCACCAUGUAGAAAACUAUGUGAUUGCUAUCAGUUAUAUGUACUAUGUAACCUAACAGUCUGCGUCAUAUAGCUUAUGCGGAACAAAUAAACCCCCUUAACCUGUUCUGCACCUACUCGACCUAUAGCGAUAGCACAGGUAGCAUCGAUAUUGCUGCUCCCUAUGCACAGAGUCUGUGUAGAGCACCUAAGUGGGCACCAUCUCAUUUUCACGGGGACAUCAAAUGCAGUUUCAUCCAAGGACUUACACCCUUACAUUAGUGUCGCGUAGCCAGACCUUCAGACUGAUGGCAGAAGGUAUGGGAACCUUGGCCACUUUGAAUGGUAAUUUGUAUGACUGACAGUUGGAAGACUGUAACACUCAACAACAAGAUCAUACCCUAAAGUGCGGGGAUUCAUUUACUGAGAGAAUGCAGUCUCUUGUGUGCAUUUUGUCAUAUUUGACAGCUGUUAAAGCAGGUUCUCACUCACUGAUGGUUUUUGCCACAUACAUUGCUGGACAGACACAGUUUCCUGAGUUCACUCUUGUGCUGAUGUUAGAUGAUGUGGAAGUGAUGUACUAUGACUCAGUAUCAUUGAAAGCUGUCCACCGCAGUCAGAGUAAUUCAAGUGAUGACAAUGGUGCGGGUAGUAUAUUUAGUGAUAUAUAUGACAUCAUGAAAGAUCGAACAUUUUAUCUUAAGGACCACCAAAAUUGCACAGAUGGUUUGCAUGUUUAUCAGAAACGUGUUGGAUGUGAAUUGCUUGACAAUGAUCAGCCAGGUUUGUUUCUUUCAUGGGAUGCUUUUAAUGGACAAAAUACUGAAGAGUUCACCUUUGAUGUGGUAAAAAGAACUAUGCAAAUUAAUUUACCAUGGAUGAGAAUAAAGGGCAUGGCUCAGAUGGAAUGGCUUCAUGUGAAGUUUCUGUAUGAACAUGUUUAUCAUCCUGUUUGCAUGAAGACUUUGCGGGCAUUCCUGGAAAAAGAAAAGAACACUGUGAUGCGAAAAUUGAAACCCAAAGUCAGACUCUUUAGGAAGCCUCUUACUGACUCUCAAGGGCUUCAGAUCAGCUGUCUGGCCACUGGUUUUUACCCCCGUCACAUUAACCUGACCCUGUUCAGAGAUGGUCAGCCUGUGGAUGAUGAUCAGAUCACAGGAGGAGAGAUUCUGCCCAACGGAGACGGAACUUACCAGAUGAGGAAGAGUUUGGUGAUCAGUGAAGAAGAGCUACAUGAUACAUAUUACAAAUGCACAGCAAACUACCUAAACCUGGACAACAAACUGGACAUUGCUUUUGAUGAAGAUCUAGAAAAAUCUGACUUUGGAUCCUCUGCUCUGUCUAUAAUUAUCAGUGUGCUGGUGUUAAUGUGUGCGGCUGUUCUCAUCAUAACUGCACUCAUAAAAUGGAGGAAGAGACGAGCUGCUGGACCAGGCUCCAGUUCUUCACAUCAAAGUGGAUAUUCAUCUACUUCAACUUCAGAGCAAGAAACAACAUGAAAGAUUUUUGGCCCCCAAUUAGAAUCUUCCUGCUACUAUCCAUUCAGGCAUGUCUUGCAAGUGGGUUAUGGCAUUACAGCAACCAUCUCAAUAUGUAUUUGUUUACAGUUCCAGAGAAAGUAAUAUAUAGUACUGAAAUACUUUUAGAUAUUUCAUGACUGAAUUAUACAUGUCAUAUUAUAAUACAAUUCUAAUAAUAUUUUUUCUUAAAUGGUCAAAUUUUACUGGCAUGGAUAUCACUUUAAAUGUGGAGAAAGAUGACAAGAUUUUUCUCAGAUUCAUUCAUCUAAAAUUUUAACAGUGUAUGUAAACUUUUUAUAACCACUGUAUUUGUAGGACUGGACAAUGCAUAACUAACUAAUGACAAAAGGGAUAGAAUAUUUAAAUAAUCUUGAUUUCAAUCAAUAUUUCAGUAAAAUCUCAAUCCUCGAUGCCUUUAUGCCUGUAGGGAGUGAAAUUAUUUCCUUUAUGAAAUUAACUCAGGAACUCACAGAUGCCAUGCAAUAAAGCCAUGAAACUAACCUGGAGAAGAGAUCUCCAAAGACAACGAAAGAUCUCCAAAGAGAACAAAAGAUCUUCAAAGAGAACAAACACCACCCUGACCAAACUUAUCUCGUUGAUCAUUUACGACCCCAUUCUCCCCCUGCCCUCUCUACCUCUCUCUCUUUUCCCCAAAAAAAGCUUCACUCAAAGUUCAUUGAGAAUAGCUAUAUACCUAUCAUAUAUCUUGUGAACCUGUUGUUUUUCACUUUCAUGUUUGGUAUCAUUUUAAAGGUCUCUGUGUGAUUGGUAAAAUGGUCUCAAUUUCACAGUAGUCACUUAUAUUAUGGGAAAUAUUGGAAACUUAAGUGAAUUCUGUACCUCUGUUGUGGGGGCGGUCUCCUUUCAAAACCUGAUAAACAUUGCUCUACAGGUGUGACCAUUUGGGGCACGAGAACAGCUCCUAGAGAGGUUUCUCAUCCCCCAUACACAGAUCUAAUCUGUUUUGGGGCAGAGAAUAAAUGUUUAUGGGCCUUUUGUUCUGGUAGUAUUUAAGGGAAAGUUGCAAAUCAGUCGGGGCGAUUCUGCAGCCAGAUCAGCCCGUAGUGUGGAGGGUAUUUAAUAUGUUCCAUACUAUGUAUUUUCUUCUUGAAUUCAGGUAAACAUUUUACUCUUAGAUUCAUCUUUGAACAACUGAUGUUAUGUAUUUUCUUAUUUUUGAAUUGGCUUCUUAUUGUUUUAUGUAAUUGGCACA